AGCGAACACAUCGAGAAGCUGAAGCAAGAAGCCAAAAAUCAAAAAUCGGCUAAAACAUAACACAAGUCCGCCAGCCGGUAGCCAGCUGCAGAGGAAAAGAUAACAUUUAAAUUGGCAUAAAAAACGCAGUGAAAAAUGUGCAAAUAAUAAACAGAACUUCUGCGCUAAACAAUCCAGUGAUUGCUGUUAGGAGAAUUAUAAACAUUUUGCUGUGAAAAACACAAGAACAUAAAAUAAGAAUGGCAAGUGCUGUGCGUGGAGAAAAGUGCGGAAGCGGUCGCAUUCGAGAGGUCAUUUUGGUGCUGACACUGGUCCUGAUGGCUGGGGACUCGAGAGCCGUGCCCCUGGAUCCCUCCUUCUUCAUCGAGGGCGUGCAGUCCGAGGUGGUGAACCCGUUCAACCGCACCAUCUUCAACCGCUUCAACCUGACCGAGGAGCAGAUCCUGAGCAUCCAGGAACGCAGCAAUCCCAAUCUGAGGGACUCGGCCGCCCAGACCUCCAACACUCAGUAUCUUCAGCAGAUCGCCACGCAGCGUAAUUCCAGACUCAACGACAUUGUCAAGACUGUCCGCAAGGCCAUCUCCAACGAUCCCAGUGGCAGCGUGUCCAAGGAGAAGGCCGGCUUUCCCCUCUGCAAUGGGGAUACCACCAGACCGGAGGAGUGGCAGUUGGGCAACAAUGUGACGCUCCAAUUCUCCAGCACCGUCUUCACCUCCAACAGCGACGACCGCUUGAGCAGCGCCCUGCUCCGCCUCUACAAGAUCAAUCCCGGCCAGAAUCGCGAGCAAGGUGCCGGUCAGCAGGCUCCAGCUCAGCCGGCCAGCACGGAAACCCCGGGCAGGCCAAUUUCCAAUUGUGCGGAGCAGCCCCCAGUGGGUCCCCAGGUCCGAGUCACCGUCUCCAUUGUCCUCCAGCAGAGGAAGAAACGUAAGUUAGAACGCAAGAAGCGCACCUGCAACACGGUCAUGCUGAGCAGCUCCUCCACCGGCUGGGUGGAGAUCGACGUGAAGUGCGCCCUGGCCUACUGGGAGCAGCAGCAGCGCCAGGAGCAGGCGCACCGCCAGCAGCUGCGCCCGCAGCCCCAGCUGACCGCCAGCGUGGUGGGCACCCUGGUGCUCGAGGUCCACGACGACGAGGAGAACCCGCUGAAGCCGGGCCUCUACUUCGAGCCGCCCAGUUGCGAUCAGGCAGAGAUUGCAGUCCCAUGGAGCGUUUACCGAACAGAACCGUUUAAGUCUCAUCUGGCGAGUUGGACAUUGCCAAGAAAACCAAGGAUAGACAUCCUCUUCAACGGCAGCAACUCCAUGAAGAGCAUCUACAACACACCCAAGAGCAGAGCGUACAUCGAAUCCACCACAUCCAACUCACCCACGAUCGACAACCAGCUGGACGAGAGCGGCGACAUCGAGUGCCAGCAGCGAGGUCGGACCCACCUGCACCACCGGCGCCACCAUAGCCACAACCACAGCCACCAGCAGCCGGAGUCGGACUCCGAGUCCGCCCAGGCUGAGGCCGAGAUCGAGGCGGAGGAGCUGCUGUUCUCGGCGAGCAACAGCGAACAGCAGAUGGAGCCGAUCUCGAACCACCACCGACAUCGGACUGGCCACCACCAUCCGCACCAGCUGCAUCAGCACCACCAGCACCACCAUCGCCACCCCAAGCACCACAAGAUCCCGACCCACAAGCAGGAGUAGAGGCCCCAAGCCGCCACCCCAGAUCGCCCCCAUUAUACUCUCUGUCACCCACACUCAUGCUGGUCUUAUAAUAAUUUCUUGUUUUAUAUUUGUAACUUUAGGGCCAGUUGACUUAAUUAGUUUUUAGUUCUUCAUCGGUUUCCUUAUGACCUUGUUUUAAAUUCGUUGUAAGCUAAGCCAACUUUCGGUCGAAAUUCGAUUUUAAUUUUAAAAUCUCUCUUAUAUUAGAAGCCUGUGAUUUAGAUGGGGUUGAAUUCGCGCACACGUUUCGCUACAAGAAACAAAAUUGCUAGAACCUCAAGAGGGGAGCGAACCCGAAGAAAAUUGAAUACGAUUUUAGGUUAUAUAUUUAGAUGGUAAAUCGAAAUUAAUCAAUGCCUUAUCGAAGCAUUACAAUCCCAGACUUCUGCACAAUCCACUCGAAAACCCCGAAAGCCAGGGACGAACCAAAUCGAGCGUUUUCGAUUCCAUUGCUAAGCGAUUACAGUGCCGGAAUACAGUUUUGUUACGUAAAUAAGUCACUAGGUUAAAGACGCCUUCCUGCUGGCAACAGAGCGCCAAGAGCAGUCGUAAAUCUCGAAAUUCCCCCCUUUGGAACCCAUUGUUCUGAUUUUGUUUUAAGCACUUUAUAAGAACCGCAUUUUCAUUACGGCGCAACAGCUAUCGAUGUAUAAUCCCUCACCACCAUCCUAACUAAGUGCAUUUGUAAAGCGCAUUGCAAGUAUGAAUAAAAUAUGAAAAAUACACAUAUUAAUAAAUGUAAGUCGCAAGCG